AUUCGUGCCAUUAUCGCCGAACGCGAGCAGCAGUUACAUGCGGUGUCGCAAGAGAUAUCAGGCCUGAAAACAGUGAUGGAUAUUUUUAACAACCUUCACGAACAGCUCGUCAAAAAGAAGGACAAGAUUAACCAGUCCAUGGAAUUGCACAAGGGAUUCGUGUCACCCCUCUGGAGUCUGCCAGAUGAGAUCCUGUCCAACAUUUUUGUUCAUUGCCUUCCGAACGACAAACACCUAUCGCUUGCACAAAACGAAGCUCCCGUGCUAUUGACCAGAGUAUGCCAAAAAUGGAGGAAGGUUGCUGUGAACACUUCCGAACUAUGGUACAAGCUGCACUUGAAU